AUGGUGUUACUUUGUUCGACCCUGAUGGCCACGACAGCCCUUCCCGAGUUGCCGUCUCCAUUCGAUUUGUCCUCGUCAACCACAUCUCAUCAUCAGGAUUUCUUCUAUCGGGUACCGGACAGCCUCCGACCAGUCUACCGGUCGUGCGAGCCCGCCGAGCCGAUCCCUCUUGCGAGGAAUCGCUCCGAGUCUCCAUUGUCAUCAUCAACGGACUCGAUCGGCUCGUGGCGUUCCAUUCGGUCAGCCGCCGAGCGUCAAUCGGAACGCGAAGCGAGAAAGCGUUUGUUGGACAUCUCGGCCGGGAAAUUGCACGGAGCUCGCGAUCCCCCACUCCGCAAACAUUUGCACGUCUACAACACCAUCAAGGCGUUACAACGAGAUCUCGAAUUGCUCGAUUUGGAGGACUUGGAAACGGAACUUUUAUGCAAUCUCACAAAUAAUAACGAGAUGGAGGUGGACGAGUGGCCAAGGAAACAUCAGCAAGACUACCAGCAACACCAGCAACACCAACAACACCAGCAACAACAACCCAUCACCUUCGACAAGGUUCAAGAACCGGAGAUGACUUGGUGGCACUCAUCGCCGAGCGUGAUGAGCAACAACAACCAAUUACAACAAGGGGCUUGGGUCGGCUCCUCGCGCGACGAUGAGUCAACGAUCUUCCCCAUGAGCGGUAAUACCGGCAACAGUUGGGGCUCGCCUUUGUGGGCACAUCUGGACGACUUUUCGGCAAACCCGUUGGGCGGCUCGUGGUUGUCCUCCGGAGAGCUCUCAUCCCUCUUCGCGCCACAUUUGCACGCGGCGUCGUCGUCGGCAUCGAGCGGGCUCCUCAUGCAAGCC